AUGAAUUCCUCCUAUGUUGAGAUGAGUUCUUUGGAAUUUGCCGUAGUGUAUGUGCCUGUUUCUGCCGCAACUAUCCUGAUGAACAUGUUUUUUAUCUACUGCAUGUUUUCUUCACAGGACGGAUCAGAAAUCUGCCAAAAGCCUCCUCUGAAUGUCUUGUUCGGAUCUCUUAUUGGGUGCAACCUUCUUCUGAACAUCUGUAACCUUCUGUUUGUUAUGUAUGACUUUGUUGACGUGCCUAUUCGGAUGUACAUUAUUUCGUCUGCACUUAUAAUGUAUGCCAUGAGGACCAGUGUUACUGCGUCUCUUGGGGUCAAUGUGUUUUAUUACUUUCAGAUUGUCCCUGCCCGGCACCCUUGUUUGAUCUGGCUGAAGACGCACAUCAAACUUUUCAUGUAUUUGAUGUUGUUUUUUGACAGAUUUUUCUUUUUAUUUUCAUUCUUUUUGCAUGCUAUCCCAAGCAGAGUUUUUAUCUCUGUGGUGUACUUUAAUUCAUCCAGCAUUCCCAACUAUAACACCGAUGGCUUAAUUGUACGGUACAAUCUCUUGUUGACAGACUUUUCGCUGAGAUGUAGCUAUUUUUGGUGUUGUCUUGGCAUUAUGCUGGCAUCUAACACUGCCACUGCUCAUUAUCUAUGGAGGCAUGUGAAGAGCAUGGAGGGGAACAGCGGUUCAGCUCUUCGUUACCGGAAGCAAAAGAGAGUGACUAUACUGAGCAUCACACAAACUGUGCUUUUCUUUUUCUGCUCAGGUUGGCUAAUGGCAGAUGAACUCAUUUAUCGGUUUGAUUUAGUAUUGUUUGAUCCAAGUGGUCACAUACUUUGUUCCGUUUUGGUAUUUUACUCUUUUGGCACAACCAUCAUCUUAGGUUUAGGUCAGUCAAAAUUUAGGCUUCGGGCUGUAGAUUUUGUGAAAAAACUUGUUCGACUCUCUUACGAAGUACAUGAAAGUGAAUGA